CGGGCCCGAGUGGCGGCCGGGCGACGAGUGCGGGCCUCAGAGCUACUGCAACGGCGGCUGCGGCUGUGGCGGCGGCGGCGGACGCGGCCUGAGGCGAGCGGCGGGGCGUGGGGCGGUGCCUCGGCCCGGGCUCGCCCUCGCCGGCGGGAGCGUCCAUGGCCCCCGGGCGCCGGCGGGGUGCGGCCGCGGCCUGAGGGGCCAUGUCCGGGGUGGUGCGGACCCUCAGCCGCUGCCUGCUGCCGGCCGAGGCCGGCGGGGCCCGCGAGCGCAGGGCGGGCGGCGGCGCGCGCGACGCGGAGCGAGAGGCCCGGAGGCGCAGCCGCGACAUCGACGCGCUGCUGGCUCGCGAGCGGCGCGCGGUGCGGCGCCUGGUGAAAAUCCUGCUGCUGGGCGCUGGCGAGAGCGGCAAGUCCACUUUCCUCAAGCAGAUGCGCAUCAUCCACGGCCGCGAGUUCGAUCAGAAGGCGCUGCUGGAGUUCCGCGACACCAUCUUUGACAACAUUCUCAAGGGCUCCAGGGUUCUUGUCGAUGCACGAGAUAAGCUUGGCAUUCCUUGGCAGUAUUCUGAAAAUGAGAAGCAUGGGAUGUUCCUGAUGGCCUUCGAGAACAAGGCGGGGCUGCCCGUGGAGCCUGCCACCUUCCAGCUGUAUGUCCCAGCCCUGAGCGCGCUCUGGAGGGAUUCUGGCAUCAGGGAGGCUUUCAGCCGGAGGAGCGAGUUUCAGCUGGGGGAGUCGGUGAAGUACUUCCUGGACAACUUGGACCGGAUCGGCCAGCUGAAUUACUUUCCUAGUAAGCAAGACAUUUUGCUGGCUAGGAAAGCCACCAAGGGGAUUGUGGAGCAUGACUUCGUUAUUAAGAAAAUCCCCUUUAAGAUGGUGGAUGUGGGCGGCCAGCGGUCUCAGCGCCAGAAGUGGUUCCAGUGCUUCGAUGGGAUCACGUCCAUCCUGUUCAUGGUCUCCUCCAGCGAGUAUGACCAGGUCCUCAUGGAGGACAGGCGCACCAACCGGCUGGUGGAGUCCAUGAACAUCUUCGAGACCAUCGUCAACAACAAGCUCUUCUUCAACGUCUCCAUCAUUCUCUUCCUCAACAAGAUGGACCUCCUGGUGGAGAAGGUGAAGACCGUGAGCAUCAAGAAGCACUUCCCGGACUUCAGGGGCGACCCGCACCGGCUGGAGGACGUCCAGCGCUACCUGGUCCAGUGCUUCGACAGGAAGAGACGGAACCGCAGCAAGCCGCUGUUCCACCACUUCACCACCGCCAUCGACACCGAGAACGUCCGCUUCGUGUUCCAUGCUGUGAAAGACACCAUCCUGCAGGAGAACCUGAAGGAUAUCAUGCUGCAGUGAGCAGGAGAGCCCCAGUUUCCAGCGUCCAUCAGCAGCCUCUGAGGCUGUGGCUCAGGCUCUGUGUUGUGCGUCGUCUCUGUGGUCCUUGAGUGGGUUUCUCGGAUCCAUGCCCUCAAAUACCUGGCUCCAGAAUGCUGUCAGCCCAGCCCAGCCAGCGAACUCCAGGCAAAAGGACAUGGACACUGUCAUGUUAGCUACUGAAUCCUGGGGACGAGUAAAACUACUGAAAAUCCAAGGGAUCAUUGUGUUAUUAAUACGGAACAUCUAAUAACACUGCUUGCUUUUCUUUACAGAAAUGUUACUCUUUUUCUGACACAAUUUGAGGAUUCUGCGUGUGCGUAUGUGUGUGUGUGUGUGUACGCACGCGCGCACGCUCUGUCUUUAAUGACAAAAUCACAAAAACCAGCUGGCCUUGCAGAUGGCUUUUCUAACUUGCAAGUCUUCCCUGAGACAGACUAACCUGAGAGCUUUGCCUAACAGUAGCUUGUAGAGAUUGAGUGCACGCCAAUGCUGCUAAACUCAGUGCCUGAGCCCGGCCCUGCAGCCCCAGCCGCAGUGUCUGAAGGCCACCUCCCAAAGGGAGUACGUUGCCUUUGCAAACUCCUGUGCCAGUUUUCCUAAGAGCCCCUCAUCCAGCCUUUUAGAUAAAGCUGAGGAGCCAUGCCUAGGAUCCCCUCCCAGCUCUGAGGACAGGAUGGGGGGCUCUGCAGGUGUGGAUUCACCUCAACGCCCCUGCAGGGGACUCAGUCCUUCUUGCCCUGCCAGAUGCCCAACAGCACAAGAUGGAGUGAGACAGGAUGCCUGCGGUGACUGCUGCUUCAUCCAUGCGCACACAGUGGUGCUCUUCACCCCUAGCCACCCCGCCCAACCUGAUGGCAAAGACAGAAACCAGGUUGCCUUGCAGAUGGCUUUCCCAUCCUGCAAGUCAUCUGCUCACAUGCAGUUGGCAGCACAUAGCACUUCCUUCUUUCAGAAACAUUCCUCUUCUGGGGCUUCAGAAAGCUGGCAAGGCGACCAGCAGAGCUUUUGUUAAGGCCCUAGCUGCUUGGCGAGUUAACAGCUGACCUUUCAGGAAGCCCACAAAUGCUGGAGGAAUCUGGGUUUCUCCACACUGCCACUCCACCAGUGCCUUUGGUUUCAUUAGGAACGACCACGCCUGUUCUCAGCUCUCCUAAGGCUGAUUCUCAUCAAGGCCCCCCACUUCUGUGACUGCUUGCAGAACAAGUAAACACUCUCGGAUGCCGCUGUCCUGGGGGAGUCCACCCGAAGCCUGUGAAUGUUGACGCGAGCUGGCCAAUCCUGGGCCUAGCUCACUCGUCCAGCUACCUGCCAAGUGUCUUUCACUGUGUUUAAAAUACAUUGCAUUCCAAGCUGG